AUCUCUAGCCAUGCCAGUGUAGGACAGGCUACACGUGGUUCUUAAGCUGAAAUUAAUAAGUUGCAUGCGGAAGAAUAAAGUAGGCAUCCUAUCAGAUGAGGAGGAGGAUGCUUACAAAAAGAUAGAGAAGAUGAACAAUGAAGAUGUGGAAGAGGAGGUUCACACUCCAUCUCUCCUAGACGCGAUGUUUUGUGUGACACCGAACGAAGUCCCUGGCGACACCAAAAGUAAUGAUGAACCUAGAUCAGAUGACACUGGAUCAGAGGUUAUUGAAAAGAGUGAGUUGGCGCACCCCACCUCCAAGUCGAGUGUUCCCAAACUACCUCCAAUCAAUGGAAACAUCAUGAGAAUCUUGAUUCUUCCCAUUGACGAUGAGGCCGCGUACCAGGAAUGGAAAGAAAAAACUCACAAAGCUCUUCGGGAGAACGGUCUGUUGAAAGAAGACAAGUUGGCGGAAAGAAGAAGAAAACUGAUUGAACGGGGCAUGCAAACUGAAAAAUUAAAAAAAGAGACAGAUACAUAAUAUAGUUACAUGUAACAACAUGGAAAUGAUGCCGUCUUCAAAAUAACAAUGACUAUAAUAUCUAUUUAUUUACAUGCAUUUAUCUUUUUUAUUACUUUAAUUAUUCCAUUUAUUUAUUUGUGUUCAUUUAUUUUUUUAAUGUGAGAAUAGAGGGGACACCCGAGCUCUUUUACCAGUUGAGAUCUGGCUUUAUAACUUAAUUAUUUUCUUUUUUCCUUCGACCAUAUAUAUGUACUUGUAUUUGAAUUUUCCAGGAUGUGGGCCUCGGAGACAGAACUGAGGCUCAUUUUCUGACCAAUUUUACUUUUUCAAAAUUAUUUUCGGUGUUUUCUUUUCUGGUAAUAAGGCAAGUGAGGAAUGUCACUUUGUUGAGUAACCAGUGCAAAACGACUCCACAUCUUUCGGAACUUUCGGGGAAGGAUUGGGUUCCCUGUCAAAAACUUAAAAUGUAAUUAUCUACAUGAUACAUCCAUUUAGUAAAAUCCGUUGUCCUCUCUUGUUUAUAUUUAAUUUAUAAAAUCUCUGAAAUAAUAAAGAUCA